GUGAGGUCCUUUCUAAAUGUUGUACUGGUCUGACUUGCUGAGCCUGGUUCCAAGACAAGCGCUCACGUUGCUGGUACAGGAUGUCGGAGCCCAGUGAACCGAGCUCUCGUGUGACGAACUGAGAGAGUGAACAUCUGGGUCCAGAGGGAGUCCUUCCCUACAAUGUGAUGGAUCGCCCUGACAGAGGAAAUGGAGCAGUGCAGACCCACGACGCUGACCUCCCCGUGCCUUUGACGGAGGAUCUACAGGGAGCGCACAUUUACGAGGAGCUCGAAGGCAUCCCAGAAAAUGCUGGGGCGCAUGUGCACGAGAGCUCCUUUGCUGGGUUCACUCUCCAAUCAGAACCUCAAGCAGGACCCCCGGCCCGUGUCGGCGCUGGGGUCACCCACACGAACGGGCCUCCCCCUCCACCCAGGAGGCCUUGUUUGCCAGGCAGACGGGCCCAUGAAGCCCCUCCUGUUCCCCCCAGGACACGGGUCCCCCUCAGAAAGCAGUUUUCGUGUGACCUCACUGGGCCUGCUCAGAAGCUGAGUCGUUCCAGGACAGAAAUAGACACGGAUGAACCGUGGUCCAUCAGACUGAUAGACGCUCCGCAGGGCAGCACCAGGAGGCUGUCUUCCUUUUGUCGAGCAACUUCCGAGCUGAUGGCCCGGUACGGACACACGGACAGUGUUCAUAACUCCGGUGUGGUGUGGGGUCGAUUGUCACAAAUCCACCCUGCACUGCUGCAGCAGGUGGAGGUGACGGUCAGCGUGGCCCUGGGGUGGGACAAUCACCAGCUCCCCUUCCCCACCGCCGUCGACAGGACGGUGAAGAGUCUGAUCGAUGAGAUCGUCCGGCUGCUGGAACUCCACCCCGCCACGAGCGGGCAUCACGUUCUGAAACUGUGCGACUCCGAGGAGUACCUCCGAAAUGAGGAGCUGCUGGGCAUGCAUGACACUAUUCAGAUCUACUCCAAGUUCAAACUCGUGGUCCCGCUCCGACUGCUCCACGUGAACAGCCUCCAACACCGACUGGCCAGGGGGGAAGCCGACGACAGGUCGCCGUGCCAACUGUACCAGUUCCUCCGUCCCGCCUGUGUCUUCGACACCUGCAGGUUGAGCCUGCAGGAUGUGCUCAGUGGAUACAACAGAGAGGUGACAGAGCUAAUGAAAACUAAGUCUGGGGUGAACAUUAAUGUGCUCGUGGACCACGUUUACACCAUCAGCAAUCUUCUGUGCGGAUUCUCGUGUGUGGAGUUGGAGGACGUCAUCAGCUGGCUCAACAGACUCGGCCCCUCACAUUUGAGUCAUGAUGAGACUGAAAGUGCGGUGAUCAUGCUCCGCGGGGCGCUGCUCAAAGUGCUGCAGACCUUCUUCGACAACUUCCAGUCAGGCUUCAGGGGUCAGGAGGUCACUGCCAACCUGCAAACCCGCGACGUCGAGUACAACAAUGAAAUCUGCCAGUUCAACACCGCUGCUCUCUACAAACUGCCGCUCGCCUGGCUGGACACUUACGAGUACUUCUCUGUUUCCUGUGAGCUGACGUGCGGAGGAGUGAAAAUCUGCGACACUGGCGUUUCUGAAAAUAUCAGCACCGCCCUGAGAUUUGGAAACAAGAUCCAGUGCAACCGCAUGAUGGUGUUCCCCGUCCGAGUGAAGGAGCUGCCAUAUGAGAGCAUGCUGACAUUUCACCUCAAAGGCUCGAAGAAAGGAAAGAGCCCGGAGCUUUUAGGCUGGGCAGUUCUCCCUCUUUACAGCCACAGGACUUUUGUGACAGGGACCGUCCUGCUCGGCGUGUCCACGCUGGUGGGGAUGCCGGCCCCUCCCUCCCCUGCCCUGUUCGACAGCCACACGCAACCCGUCGGAGUCCUACUGCAGCUCGAGUUCCAGAGACAGUUCAAGUGGACGCAUCAGAGGCCUGUCGCCCUCCGCGGCUCAGUCGUGUUCACUGAGCCUUGCGAGGAACUGCAAGGGAGAAUGCUGGAAGUCUCCAAGAAGCACUGCCUCUGUUUUCUCACAGAAAACGAGAAGACUUUCCUCUGGGCGAAGCGUCACUGUGGCGACAAGGGGAGUACUUUCCUCCACCUGUUGCUGGGCGGAGUCCGCCUGUGGCUCCCUGAGUACUUGACGGAAAUCUAUACCGUUUUGGACAAUUGGCCCAUUCAGCUCCCCGAGGAGGCGCUCUUCCUGCUCGGUGACAGUUUUCACGACCAGACCGUGCGGAGAGCUGCGGUCCAGUACUUUGAACAGAUACCCGAUGGGGAACUCGAGGUGUUUCUGCCACAGCUGGUCCAGGCUCUGAAGAGCGAGUGGGAGUUGGACGGACCUCUGGUGAUGCUGCUGUUGGAGAGAUCCCUGAAGAGCAUACGAAUCGCCCAGCAACUCUACUGGCUGCUGGAUGAUGCCCACAGCGACCCCUUCUACCAGAGUUGGCACAGUAAGAUUCAGGCCGCCCUGCGUCACUGUUGUGGCCAGAAACUGAGGCAGGAGCUGGAGCGCCAAACCCACCUGGUGUCCAUGCUCGUACAGGUGGCCGACAAGGUCCGCACUGCUGACAAGGCUCGACGCAAGAAUGUUUUGAACGCAGAAAAGUGCAAGAUUGGUAACUUCUUCAAAGAUGGGAUCAGCUGUUGCCUCCCACUGGAUCCUGCAGUCCGUGUGAAGGCAGUGGACUUGGAUGCCUGUAAGUUCUACAACUCCAAUGCUGCUCCUCUGGGGAUCACAUUCGUCUGUACUGACCCUCUGGCCAAGAAUGUCAGUGUCAUCUGCAAGACAGGAGAUAACCUGCGUCAGGACAUGCUGAUGCUUCAGAUCGUCCGUGCGAUGGACAAUGUGUGGCUCCAGGAGGGGCUGGACAUGCAAAUGAUCACCUACAGGUGUCUUUCUACAGGCCCAGCUCAGGGUCUGGUGGAAGUGGUUCCAGAGGCGGUGACCCUGGGCAAGAUUCAGCAGGAAUGGGGCCUGGGCGGGACCUGGCGUGAGGACACACUGGAGAAAUGGUUCCACAUGUUGAACAAAACUCAGGAGGACUAUGAAAAGGCUGUGAUGAACUUCAUCCACUCGUGCGCAGGGUGGUGCGUGGCCACGUUCAUCCUGGGGAUCUGCGAUCGCCACAACGACAACAUCAUGUUGAAACACAGCGGACACAUGUUCCACAUUGACUUCGGCAAGAUCAUGGGCAACGCGCAGAAGUUUGGGAACUUUAAAAGGGACCGCUCACCCUUCAUCUUUACAUCUGAGAUGCAGCACUUCAUCACAGACGGGGGGCAGAAGCCCCAGCGCUUGCAUCGCUUCGUGGAGCUCUGCUGUGAAGCUUACAACAUAAUCCGAAGGCGCUCGGCACUGAUACUCAGCUUGUUGGAGCUGAUGCUACGUGCAGGAUUGCCGGAGCUGAAGGACUCUAAUGACCUGCAGUAUGUCCAGAACAACCUCAGACCCCACGACACCGACCUGGAGGCCACAUCCUACUUUACCAAGAAGAUCAAAGAGAGCAUGGGCUGCGUUGCCGUGAAGUUUAACUUCCUGACGCACAGCAUGGCUCAAGGGAAGAAACAAGAGCCACUAACCAGCGACGGCAUCCCCACUCCCAGCACCAACAUCCAAGAAGCCGUCAUCCAGGGAUACACCGUCAAGGGGAAAGAUGUGAUUUACAACCUCCGAGUGACCAUUCACGAUGGUUUCCUGACCAGUGAGAAGACAUUUGGGCAGUUUGAGCUGAUCCAUAAGAAGCUGCGGAAAUUCACCAUUGAAUCCAUGCUGCCUCAGUUUCCGAGCUGGUAUAAUUUAUCAUUCACCCCGGCCAGGAAGAUGUCUCUGCUGAAUAAAUACCUGAAGCAGCUUUUCCAGGGACCAUGCAAGGGAAAUGAAUUUGUGUGCAGUUUGUUCCUGGACGGCCCCAGCAUUGUCCAAGAGACUGGGGCUACAGGAGCCCGUCCUCAGAUCCAGCUGUACAUUACCUACACCAACUGUAAGCUCUCAGUCCUCGUAAAACACCUGAAGAACAUUAAGCAGGCAAACGGCUCCAACCCUGACGCCUACGUGGUGAUGCGUCUGAGACCGGACCCCCAGCAGCGCUCCAAGAGGAAGACAAAGGUGGUCCGCAACAACGACAACCCCACCUUCAAUGAACUGCUGGAGUACGCCUUUGUCCCGCUGCUCUACGGGAUGGUGCUGGAAGUAACAGUGAAGAGCAAGAAGACUUUCGUGGCCGCGAGCAACAUCAGACUGGACACCGAGCUGCUUGACAAGGAAACGUGGUUCCUCCUUGGCAACUGUGCAGUCUGACAUCAGAGCACUGCGCGCCUGCGGCCAGCAGGGGGCGUGGCCACACUGAGGGACAGAAUCCAUUCAGAGAUAUUUUUUCAGACUGUUGAAAUGAGGGAAAUUCACCUACAGAGGAGGAACUAUGCACUUACACUUUUACCUAUUUAUCAGAUGCAACUCGACCUCCCUCCUGAGCCAAACACACUGGCAGUGGAUGGGGCGUCUGGAUGGCGUUACAAAGCUGAGUCACAAGACUCGAGGGAAGAGACUGUUUACUAUGUGGAGCAUCAUUUACCGUUUUUUUUGUUGUUGUUUUUUAAAAAAAAUUUUUUUUUAAAUGUCUGACUGUUUAGAUGCAGUCUUGGUGAUGGAUGAAGGAAAGAGACCAUUACCUUUGUUGUCAUACUUGCACUUUCACUCGUACUUACAUCUAGUUUUCGUAUGUGAGUCAAAGCGUCUCUUGUAAAGGUGACGCGGCACCGUCUGCCGCUGCCUGCCCGUUUCCUGCCCAGGUUCAACGUGUUUGUCUCUUUAGGACGUGUCAACUGGAUGUCCUUGGCCGGUGAAAUUGGAGGCGGGAGGCGGGAGGGUGAGGACGGGAGGACGGGGGUGUGGAGAGUGUGUGAGCAGGAUGACAACUCUGCCUCUCUGGCCUGAGGGGUCGAGUUUACCCUCUACCCCUCUCUCCAGCCUUUGUCUUAUCCACCAGUGGCGUCACGACACAGUCAUGCAAGUGCAUGCACAAACAUGCAAAGGAAGACACUCACAUGACUACACAAAUAGUGCUAAAUUUCACCUACACACACACACGCACGCACGCACGCACACACACACACACACACACACACACACACACACACACACACACACACACACACACACACACACACACACACACACACACACACACACCCAUUAAAGGCUAAGGCAGGUCUAAAUGCCAUCCUCCUCCAUUCAGGUCUGCUGGCCCGUACUCUCCUCCGCCUCUUUCACAGGACUCGGUGAUGAACAAGGACAGAAAUAGACUUCCUUACUCUGGAUGAAGUUCAAUAAUGUAUACGUCCGUGAACCAUAUUUAUAUUUUUCCCUGUUGAGUCUCUCACAGGGAGGCAGGCCUGGAGGAAAACGCUGGCUGCUUCUCUUUCAUAGUAAUGCUCAUGGAGUAUGACUGUAUCCUGGCACGACUCAUCAACUUCAGCCUUAAUAUAAGAUUCACACGUAUUGUUUUGGAACGGAUGAUUAAUCCAGAAACACCACGUGUUUCGCGUGUGAUCAACUCCUCCACCAUAAUUGCACUUGCAUCCAUUAUUAAAGCUGUAAUAAGAAUCUAAUGUGCUACUCCAGAGACUUACUCUUCGUUAGUGUCUGUUUUGCGCUGUUGGAAUCCGGUGUUUCCCUCUGCGGAGAAAGACAUGUAUUUUCUCACAAUAAAACUGGUAUUCGUAUCUGA